UAGCCCACACUAUCGUAGCUUUUGAGCGGAAGUAGCUGCCGUCCCUAAUAAUAGCCGCACGGUGUGUUAUUCAGAUAUUGGUGUAAUAAUAUUUUUUCAAAGCAAAACCGAGCGGAUUUUUCGUCUCUCGAGAUGUCUCGGGGUUCUAUUGAAAUCCCUUUGCGGGAUACGGACGAGGUAAUAGAGCUUGACUUUGAUCAGUUGCCGGAGGGAGAUGAGGUCAUUAGCAUCCUAAAGCAGGAACACACCCAGCUGCACAUAUGGAUCGCUUUAGCGUUGGAGUACUACAAACAAGGCAAAACCGAGGACUUUGUCAAGCUGCUAGAGGCAGCCCGCAUUGAUGGAAACCUAGACUACAGAGACCAUGAGAAGGACCAGAUGACUUGUCUGGACACACUAGCUGCCUACUAUGUCCAACAAGCACGUAAAGAGAAAAACAAAGAUGCCAAGAAGGAGCUCAUCACGCAGGCCACGCUGCUGUACACGAUGGCCGAUAAGAUCAUCAUGUAUGACCAGAACCAUUUGCUUGGAAGAGCCUGCUUCUGCCUUCUGGAGGGAGAUAAAAUGGACCAAGCCGAUGCUCAGUUCCACUUUGUGCUCAACCAGUCCACCAAUAAUAUUCCAGCCUUACUUGGUAAGGCCUGCAUCUCCUUUAACAAGAAGGAUUACAGGGGAGCGCUGGCAUACUACAAGAAGGCUCUGCGGACCAACCCUGGCUGCCCAGCUGAGGUCAGGCUUGGAAUGGGCCACUGUUUUGUCAAGCUAAACAAACUGGAGAAGGCCCGUUUGGCCUUUGGUCGAGCCCUGGAGCUCAACUCUAAGUGCGUCGGAGCCCUCGUGGGCUUGGCUGUUCUGGAGCUCAACAGCAAGGAGCCAGACUCCAUCAAAAAUGGUGUGCAGCUCCUCUCGCGGGCCUACACCAUUGACCCCAGCAACCCCAUGGUGCUGAACCACCUGGCCAACCACUUCUUCUUCAAAAAGGACUACAGUAAAGUGCAGCAUCUUGCCCUCCACGCCUUCCACAACACUGAGGUAGAGGCUAUGCAGGCUGAGAGCUGCUACCAGCUGGCUCGCUCUUUCCACGUUCAGGAGGACUACGACCAGGCCUUUCAGUACUAUUACCAGGCCACUCAGUUUGCCUCUUCCACCUUUGUGUUGCCGUUCUUUGGCCUGGGCCAAAUGUAUGUGUAUCGAAGGGACAAGGAGAAUGCAGCGCAAUGCUUUGAAAAGGUGUUAAAGGCCUAUCCCAACAACUAUGAGACCAUGAAGAUCCUGGGGUCCCUCUAUGCCACGUCCGACGAUCAAGAGAAGCGGGACAUUGCCAAAGGUCACCUGAAGAAGGUGACGGAGCAGUACCCGGACGACGUGGAGGCGUGGAUCGAGCUGGCUCAGAUCCUGGAGCAGACGGACAUCCAGGGGGCCCUGUCGGCCUACGGCACAGCCACCCGCAUCCUGCAGGAGAAGGUGCAGGCCGACGUCCCGCCCGAGAUCCUCAACAACCUGGGCGCUCUGCACUUCAGACUGGGGAACCUGGGAGAGGCCAAGAAAUACUUCCUUGCGUCGCUGGAGAGGGCCAAGGCCGAGGGCGAGCACGAUGUGCAUUACUACAACGCCAUCUCUGUCACCACUUCCUACAAUCUGGCCCGCUUGUACGAGGCCCUGUGUGAAUUCCACGAAGCCGAAAAACUCUACAAAAACAUCCUAAGAGAGCAUCCCAACUACGUGGACUGCUACUUGCGACUUGGAGCAAUGGCUCGUGACAAAGGAAACUUCUAUGAAGCUUCUGAUUGGUUUAAGGAAGCCCUGCAGAUCAACCAGGACCACCCCGACGCCUGGUCCCUCAUAGGGAACCUUCACCUGGCCAAGCAGGAGUGGGGACCGGGUCAGAAGAAGUUUGAGCGAAUCCUGAAGCAGCCGUCCACACAGAAUGACACCUACUCCAUGCUGGCUCUGGGCAACGUGUGGCUGCAGACCCUGCACCAGCCCACCAGGGACCGGGAGAAGGAAAAGAGACAUCAGGAUCGCGCUCUGGCCAUUUACAAACAGGUCCUGCGCAAUGAUGCCAAGAACCUCUACGCUGCCAAUGGCAUAGGUGCCGUCCUGGCCCACAAGGGCUACUUCAGGGAGGCGCGAGACGUGUUCGCCCAGGUGAGGGAGGCCACCGCCGACAUCAGCGACGUCUGGCUCAACCUGGCUCACAUCUAUGUGGAACAGAAGCAGUACAUCAGCGCCGUGCAGAUGUACGAGAACUGCCUGAAGAAGUUCUACAAGCACCAGAACACCGAGGUGCUGCUGUACCUGGCCAGGGCGCUCUUCAAAUGCGGAAAGCUGCAGGAUUGUAAACAAAUGCUGCUGAAGGCCCGCCACGUGGCGCCGAGCGACACCGUCCUGAUGUUCAACGUGGCGCUGGUGCUGCAGCGGCUCGCCACCCUGGUGCUCAAGGACGAGAAGAGCAACCUGAAGGCCGUGCUGAGCGCCGUCAAAGAGCUGGAGCUGGCCCACAGAUAUUUCAGCUACCUGAGCAAGGCUGGAGACAAGAUGAGGUUCGACCUUGCGCUCGCUGCGUCCGAGGCCAGGCAGUGCUCUGAUCUGCUGAGCCAGGCCCAGUACCAUGUGUCCCGAGCCAGGAAGCAGGACGAGGAGGACAAGGAGAUGAGGGCCAAACAGGAGCAGGAGAGGGACAUACUGCGGCAGCAGAUACGGAAGGAACAGGAGGACAAGAGCACCAGGGUGGCCGAGGACCAGAGGAAACUCCUGGAGAGGAGGGCCAUGUACGUGGAGAAGACCAAGAACCUGCUCUCCUUCGUGGAUGGUCCGAAGGAGACCAGCAAGGACAAGAAGAAGGGAGGCAGCCGUCGCAAGAAGGGGGCUGACAUGGAUGAGUUUGUCAACGAUGACUCGGAUGAGGACCUGCCCUCAAAGAAGAGGAGGAAGAAGAAGGGCGGCAGCGGUAGCGAGCCAGAUGACGAUGAGAACGGAGACAAAAAGUCACGCAAGAGAAGGAAGAGGCCUGAUGAUGGCAGCGACGAAGGGGAGGGAGGCUCACGAACCAAGAAGCAACGCAAGCCCAAGGAGCGAAAGCGGAUCCAGUCCCAGCAAGACCGCCUUCCGCCCUCCCUCAAGGGAAAGAUCAAGUCCAAGGCCAUCAUCUCGUCUUCAGACUCCUCUUCGGAUGAAGACGGCCUGAAAAUAGCAGAAGAUCGCACCCAAAAAGGCAGCAUCUCUGGCUCGGACGACGAGAGCGCCCCCCCAAGGAAGCGCAUCGCCUCGGACAGCGACUCGGAGGCCGGGGGGCCGAACCGCUCGGGCAGCGAGGCGGGCAGCCCCCGGCGCUCCGCCGCCGCCUCCGACGACUCGGGCAGCGACCAGCCCGUCAAGAAGAGGAGGGCGCAGCGGCAGUCGGACUCGGACGAGCAGUCGGACACCGGGAGCAAGAGGGGGCGCCGGUCGGGCUCCGACGACGACGACGACGGGUCCCGGCCCGGCUCGCCGGCCGUGGCAGCGUCGGCCCGGGGGUCCGACGCCGGGUCGGACAACGAGGGCUCGCCGCGGCGUUCCGACAACGGCUCGGAGCCGGCGCGGUCCGCCCGAGGCUCGGACGACGACAGCGAUUGAGGGAGACCGACUUCAGAGACUUUUCUAGGAAUUUGAGAAGUCCACCUGUCUGGAGCUGCGGUUUUAUUUUUUUUUACAUGGGUCUGUUUCAAUUGCAGGGACUUUUGUUUUGUCACUCACAAUAGAUGUAGAUUUAGAAACGUUUUGUAGCCUAAGUGUAUACUAGUCAUGAAUAGUUGGAUGUGCCACAAAUUGUGAGAGGUCCAGAGGGGUAAACCAGAUGUCCUUUUUUAUGUUUGAUCACAUCUUAAUUCAACUUCUUAAAAAGAUUUGAGUCGGUUUUUCCACAAAAGACCGGUACAAACACUGACCGAAAAAUGAGUUACACACAUGUAAAUAAAAUGACUAAGAGUUG